UUCGUAAAAUAACAUAACCAUGCCACCAAAAAAACCAGCUGCUGCAGGUGGUGGUAGUAAGAAGGCAGAACAGAAAAAGAAAGAGAAGGUCAUUGAGGACAAGACAUUUGGUUUAAAGAAUAAAAAAGGGGCGAAGCAGCAGAAGUUCAUCCAACAAGUAGAGAAACAAGUCAAAAGUGGCGGCAUCCACCCUGCCAAGCCCAUGGAAGACAAAAAGAAGGAUAAAGAGACAAAGAUGAAAGAGCAGAAGGAGUUAGCUAUGCUUUUCAAACCUGUGCAAACACAGAAAGUUGAAAAAGGUACUGAUCCCAAAUCUGUAGUGUGCGCAUACUUCAAGCAGGGCCAGUGUACGAAAGGCGACCGGUGUAAAUUCUCGCACGACCUUACGAUUGAAAGAAAGGCAGAGAAGCGUUCGUUGUACGUGGACAUGCGCGAUGACGACGACACUAUGGACAACUGGGAUGAAGACAAACUCAAAGAGGUUGUGGAGAAGAAACACGGAGAUGACAAAUCUAGGCCCACUACUGACAUUAUAUGCAAAUAUUUCCUAGAAGCUGUAGAGAAAUCCAAAUACGGUUGGUUCUGGGAGUGUCCUAUGGGUAUCAAAUGCAUUUAUAGGCAUGCGCUGCCUCCAGGCUUCGUAUUGAAAAGGGAUAAAAAGAAAAUGGAGGAGAAAAAGAAUGAAAUUUCGCUGGUAGAUUUGAUAGAAAGGGAGCGAGCAGCCCUCGGCCCGAAUCAGACGAAGAUCACGUUGGAAACCUUCCUCGCGUGGAAAAAGAAGAAGAUUAAGGAGAAACAGGACGCCCUAGCGCAGGCCGAAGAGCAGCGUCGCACGGACUUCAAGGCGGGCCGCGCGGUGGGCUUGUCCGGGCGGGAGAUGUUCUCCUUCGACCCUGCGCUGGCAGCCGACGACGACGAGGAGGGCGACGAGGCCGUCGAUCUGCGCACCUACGGCGGCGAGGACGACGAUCACACGGAGUACCGCGAGGUGCAGCUGGACCUCAUCGGCAUGGAGGCCUCUGAGGUGGACGAUUCGGGCACAAAAGCACAAGAAGACAGGCUUCAGCAGCUCAGUGCAGGUCUUGAAAACGGCAAAGAAGAGGAAGCUGAUACCGCCGCAGCGCCCAUCAACGAGAGUCUUUUCCUCGAUGAGGACCUGGAUGAAGAGUUACAGAACCUCGAUCUUGAGGAUUAGGAAUAGUGAGAUACAUAGAUGUGGUUUGUGUUUGAGCAAUAAGAUUGUACUUUCUCUCUUAAGGCUGUCGUCCAAUUAACGCCUCAGUACACCUUUCGGCUAACCCGUAAUCUGUCUGAGAAGUUUAACGGAUGUUUCGUAGAAACUUAGGUUUAAACGGCAACACUGUAAAAUUUUGACAGUUAGUUGAAAAAAUGAUUUCAAUAAUAAUAGUAAAGAGCUUUUUUUUAUCAACAUUGAAAUAACAGUUUCGCCUGAAAUAACAUCUUGCAACCGUAAGAUGUAAUCAACAUCUAGAAUGGUAACACUGUCAAGUUUGAUAUUAAAACUUGGACUUUAAUGGCAACAUUCUCAAAAAUGUGACAGAUAACUAGUAGAAAAGUGAUUUAAACGG